CGUUCGAAGCACGCAUCGCGGCCCCCGCCCGCUCCUUUCAUCUCAUCUCACUGGCAUGCGAGGAACAAUUAAAAAAUAAAAACUGCCAAUUAGAAGAAAAAAUUGUCUAUGACCGUUUCGCGCGCGAUCCGAAUUUCGAAGCGAGAAUUUGAAAAGUGUUGUGCCUUCAGUGUUGAAAUUCUUCGUGUUUCGAAUUGUUAUUUUUUCAGUUGUUGAAUGUAUAAUUGCGGAUCUACUUUCCUAGAUCGGAUUUAAAACGGCGAGGAGCUAUAUCGUGUUUUAUUAUGGUGUUCGGACUAGCGGGCGGAGGUGUGUCAAAAUGCAAAUAGACGCUGGGCCCUGGGCCCAAAAGCGAGUGAAGAAAUGGUAACCUGCGAUAACGAAACCGCAGCCCGCGGCGGGUUCCGGCUGGGCGCACGUGACGACGAACCGCGCCGGCCCCGUCCGCCCAGCGUGUCGUCCCUGUCGCUCUAUAAGCAGAAGAUCGACGCGCUCUUCGACGACUCGCGCUCCGUCACCAGCCUGCCUUAUGCCGACCACGAUCAGCGGAGGGACAGCAAGGUCAGUUUAACAGCUCACGAUAGCAAAGCGACGAUCUACGAAGAUGACGGUUACUGCCAGAGUAAAAUCAGUAAGAUUAACAACCAGGUGCAGGAUCGCAUAGAGCGGAUGUUCGCAGACAUGGCGGGGGAGUCCAGACCCAGCAGCGAGAACAUCGGCGUCCACGUUUUCAGCGUCCACUAUCUCGGAUCUACGCCCCUGCAGAGCAAGGUCACCAGUCUCGGUGGACUACAAACUCCCCUCAAAGAUCUGUACUUCGCCUACAGAAGAAACCUACGCCACAAAAACACGUUCCAAGGCAGAUUAGAAAUCUCCAAAAGUGGCCUCAAAGUCCGUUACAAAGGAGAAAAAGGAGAUCUCGAACAACUAAAUCCUUUCCCCACAAUCGCUGUCUGGUCCGCCGUCAAAUUCGUCGUCCAACCCUCAGAACAUGACAGCCGCGACCUAAGUUAUGCGUUCCUGCCCUUAAUAACUGAUCCGGACCAUAUCGACAAGUUUGCAUUGUUCAAAACCUUAGAGUCGCCUGACAAAAAAUAUAUCCUCUCCUACAACGAAAAUUCGCAUUCACCCCUUUUCGCUGUUGUGAUGAGGAAGAUCGGUGUCGCCAAACAAUUGGAGUGUCAUGGGUUUGUAUGCCAGACUACCGAGGACGCUAUCGUAAUAGCGGCCACGUUAUACAAAUCUCUCAUGUCACACAUGAGUCGUCAAGGCCACAACGAAAAGAAGAAAUUGAAGAACCGAAAUGGAGUCAGCUGUAUGAGCGUAGCGAGUAGUCUGUCACCAAAUGACGUUCCAGUCAGGCCUCCUCGUAAGAAACGAAGCACGUCUUCAAUGAGUGGAGAUAGUGACAGAGCAGAUGGAUUCUCAGCCAGCGAGUCAUAUCACGAAAAACCAAAAUUGGAAAGAACUAAGAAGAUCUCAUCGGAGAGUCUGCCAUCGCCUCCCCUACCACCUCCGUCCAUCCCUCCGGCAGAACCGAAACGCAUCACUGUUGAAGAGGUGAAAGCUAAAUUAGAUUCAAUUAAACACGACACAAGCGGCAGCGACACACAAGAAUCCAAAAAGUCUUUGACUAAAAUAGUGCCGAAUAAUCCGAAAUUACAGAAUCUUCAAAAACCUAGCAGUAGCGAAUCUUCAGUCCGGAGUAAAGUUUCGGAAAAAAUUGAACUUUUUAGGGAGCUAGAAAGACGAAAGAAUCUUCAAAGACCACCGACGUUGCCACCUCCUGUACCAUCGAAACCGCCACCGGAGUCUUCUUUAGAUCAUACGAAAGAGCCUUUGAGAAGAACUCAGAGCCAAAGAAAAUCUCUAAACGAAUCUGGUGAUAUAUUGACGAAGGUUGCAAUUCCUCGCUCAGGCAGCUUCCUGAACGCCGGGGGACUGACUCGAUACAAAUCAAUCGGUCACAGAAACAACGGAAAGAAGGGGGGCGGUUCACCGCUAGGGUUCAACGAACUUUUCAACGAAUUCAAAGUCCAAGAGAACUUACAUUCGAUGGAUGAAAUCCUCAAUGCCAUAAUAGACGCAGAAGGAAUGUCCUUCAACGAUUUAAAACCGAUAUAUAAAGAGUUUUUACUAAAAUUAGCAGUUACUUUGACGAAAGACGAGAUAUUCCAGCAUAGUAAAGCGAUAAUGAAGAAACAGAAGAAAAAGAUACUCAGAAGGAAUAGCAUGUUCCAGAAUAAAAGGAGAAAAAUAUUUAAAGGAGCUAGUGGCCUACGAAUGGUAUUUCGCAUGCCAUUCGGGAAAGAUAUGCAGAAAGAGAAGAAGAAGCACUCAGGAUCUUUAGAUCUUCCGAAUGUGGCGAAUAAAGAUCCUAUUUCUGAGAGUUCAGUUUCGACGUCAAGCUACGACUUGCGGCAGUUUCGACCGAAGGAGCCGGUACUACCACCACCAAAGCGACAAACAAUGAGGCAGAGAAACUCCAAGCGGUCUAAUAAAACAGUUCACGUGUCAAAACGGAAUGGAAAAGUAUCAAGACCAGGCGAAAGGACCUCAACGUCUGAAGAUUCAGACUUCUUGACGCUUAGCAAUAGACUUGGAUGCCAAAAUAGAAAUAGCUCAAGCGGAUAUGUUUCAUGCUCUGAAUGUGAAUCUGAAGGUUGUAUGGAUCGUUGCUAUUGCUCGUUAAAGGACUGUAAAUCAAAAUGUUACUGUUCUCCAGCUGAAAAGGAUCCUGCUAAAGCGAGACUUUUAGGAAAGAGCAAAAGUUGCAAGGAUUGUUCAAAGGACUUCUACGAUGGCGACUUCAGCUACUGCUCGUGCGAUUCUGAGAGUUGUGCCGAUAGCAAUAAGUGCUAUUGCACCGGACCCCGGAGAGGGAUGCAGAGUUCUCAAAGUCUGGAGUAUUUGAGGAGUCCCUCCCAGAAGACCUACACUGAUCGGUUGAAACGGGCCUUUGAUGACCAAGAGGGGAAGAAGGGAAGUAGGCCAAGAUCCAGCGGUACGUCCCACCGGCGGCGCGACGAGCGGAGGCAGCGCGCGCGCAGCUCCGACAGCCUGGCGCUGGACUACGAGCUACUGCUGCAAAACAAGGCGCGGGACACCAGUAGCCGCAAUUUGCAGAGACUCACAGUCCGGAGCACCGGCGCAGGCUCCCACGAUGCACUCAGCGUAAAGAAAUCAGCAGAAAUGGCAGCUUUGUUUGCAGACGUGAGGCUUUCUCAACGGACUGACGUCCGAUCCCUUGCCGGAGGCCUACGCAGGGCUAGGCCUCCGCCCCUGCCGCCGUCGCCGCCCCGCUCCAUACCACCGCUGGCUAGGAUGUUCGAUCACCGACCCUUGAGUAGAAAUGCUAGCCUAGAGGACACACUCGGAUAUUUACCGUGAGGAGUAGAAUCAGGCAUACGACAAGGUUUUGAAUGUUAUUACCAUUAAUGUUCUGGGUUUGAGCAAAUUGUAUGUUCUCCUGAUGUUGGGUCAACGUGUUACAAGAUUGGCAAAACCCUGUCAUGUUGCGGGCUAGGUGAUCUGCAUAGGUUUAAAUAUA